AUCGGAAGUAAUUUGAAGACCAAGAUAAUAUAAUAACAUGUAUUAAUUAUAGUGAUCAUAGUAAUUAAAAUUAAAAAUAUUUACAUUUUUAUUGUGAAACUCAAAGUAUUUAAACCGAGAAUAAAAUGUAUGAAGACUUCAGUCAAACAAAAACAUCGAUAACUUAAAAACAAUAAUAACGACCCGCUUAUAAGAGAUGCCGCUAUUAAACGAGAAAACCGUAUCCGAUAUACUACUGGCCCAACACCAGCACCAGCAGCUCCAGAAUCAGAUACCUGACCAGUCGGACCUGGAUGCCACGCAUAGUAUGCUUACCAAACCUACCGGUGCCGUGGAUGUUGAGAAAAAUGGCUCCAAGUUUGCUAUGGAAAUGCCUAAAUCCCUGGCC